UCCGUAUCGUCUUUAACUCCCUCAAUGUUGAUCCUCAGUUGCGAAAGAAGAUCACCUUUAAAGGUGAUUCAGACAACACCCAAGCAAAAUGAGCGGCACGAAACCUCACCCUUCGUACAACACCAUGGACGCUGAUACUAAAACUGCAGCUACUGAGAAUGAUGGUGGAAAGUCCACGGAUGGAAGUGUACACGAAGAAGCAACUCUCAUAGCUACCAAUCCAAAGAGGACAUGGCGGUCUUAUAUCUGGGACACAUUCGACAAGUCACCGGAAGAGCGACGUUUUCUCACCAAGUUAGAUGCCAUCGUUCUGACUCUUGCCUCCCUCGGGUAUUUCAUCAAAUAUCUUGAUCAAGUCAACAUCAAUAGUGCCUUCGUUUCCGGCAUGAAAGAAGAUUUAGGACUAAAUGGGAAUGAGCUCAAUUACAUAACAACAGCCUGGACUGUAGGCUAUGUUGUCGGGGAAAUACCAAGUAACCUGGUCUUGACAAAGAUCCGUCCAUCAAUUUGGAUCCCUUCUCUUGAGGUACUAUGGUCUGUCCUUACGAUUCUGCUGGCCAAGUGUACAACAGCUACCCAGAUAUAUGUUUUGAGAUUCUUUAUUGGUCUAGCCGAGAGCGCAUUCUAUCCCGGAAUGCAGUAUGUCAUCGGAAGCUGGUACCGGAAGGAUGAAUUGGCCAAACGCUCUUGCAUUUUUCACUCAAGUGGUGCUAUUGGGACUAUGUUUUCUGGCUACCUGAUUGCAGCUGUGUAUCGUCUUGAAGGCGUAGGCGGAUUUCACGGCUGGCAGUGGCUGUUCAUCAUCAACACGGUGAUCUCACUGCCAAUAGCCAUUUCUGGCUUCUUUCUAUUCCCAGACGUCCCAGAGAUUACCAAGUCAUGGUGGCUAACAAAAGAAGACAUCGUCAUGGCUAAUAAGAGGAUGGCGUUAGAAGGGCGCGCAAAAAGGGGCAAACUAACGAAGGCAAAGUUCAAGAAGAUCUUCUCAUCAUGGCAUAUCUACGCACUCGUUCUCCUCUACAUUUUUUUCAACAACGGAACUGGCUAUGGCAGUCAGCCAGCCUUUGCAUUAUGGCUAAAAUCAGAGGGUUAUCCUAUUACAGCCGUCAACGUCUAUCCCACUAUUGCCUCAGCGGUUGCCGUGGUUUUCACAUACAUCUACGCCUGGACCUCAGACUCAGUAUUCAGGGGGGCGAGAUGGCCCCCUAUGCUUUUUGCCGGGCUUGUCAACAUUGCAACCGGGACAAGUCUUGCCGUAUGGAACAUCCCAAACGGCUGGAAGUGGGGGUCCUACAUCCUUGGGAACAUCAGCGGCGGAAUUAGCGGCUUGACGUUCGCAUGGGCUCACGAAAUUUGCAGCGAAGACAACGAGGAGCGAGCCUUCGUGACAGCGUCCAUGAACCAGUUCGCGUAUGUGGUGCAAGCAUGGUUGCCUCUUAUCGUUUGGCAGCAAGUUGAGGCGCCCCGAUACCAAAAAGGCUUCAUCACCCAGGUAUUCCUUGCGGCUGGCCUUAUAGUUACUGCAUUCACUAUUCGGUUCCUUCACCAUCGCGAGAGAGCUAAGAAACGGACAACGGCUACGGUUUCGCCAGCAUCUGACUAAAUACUCACCUUAUUGAGCUUAGUCGUAACGAUGGCUAGUAUAGAUCUGUUUGAUCUAAAAGUAACAGAGGGAUUUGUAGGUAUACCGUAGAGAUCAUCAGUCUUUAUGCUCCAGACCCUUUCAGAAGAAUCGAGAAAAAUUGGUAUUAAGAAACAACGCAUACUGUUCUUCGAAGAUAAGACUCUAACAUCUUAUAUAUCUAUUAUAAUGCGUCAUCAACGCCAAUUGGUCAUUAUAGGCUACGGUAGAUAGAUAUUUUAAAGCACUCUCCGCUGACUCAGCAUGGUAGUGUGGUGCAAAUGGUGGAUCGGUUAAUUGGCUGUAUCACUCCGCGACUUGACUCCGUUUCCGAAGACAGCGGUGCCUAAAGUUGAAAGGCUCAAUCAACUCCCGCCUCCUUCUGUUCUGAAUGAUGCUAUUUGUACUCAUCCUAUACACUUUGUCCCUUGCUUUCA